UGCAGGGGAAGGGUAGGAGCUGUCUAUGGAAAUCAGUGUAAUGUAUUUUAUCAGUGACAAGAGGCUGAUGUCACCCACACUGCAGGGAAGGUCCUCUAUACACAACUAAACCUGACCGAUACCGGGGAGAGAGAGGAGGAAGGAAGGACUGCUGAACUUUGCCCAGGGCCGCCUGGCUGUGCUGGGAGGGGUUGUCUCACCUGAGCUCUGCAUUACCUGGAUGAAAGAUGUGAAGAGAUCUGGAGAGGAGGUGAUGCAUUGUCCUACUGCGGAGCCCAACAGACAUCUUCAGGACUCACCAUUACAAUGACUUUGAUUCCAUCUACUGGAAGGACUUAUUUGAAAAGAAUUGAUGAGAGGCCAACGGAAGAUGACAUAUUCUACAUGUAUGGAUCCACAGCUUCCCAUAUCACAGAGGAAACCGAAUAUAUAUGCAAGAUCAGAGCAACAUUAGAGAAGAUUCAAAGUCAGCUCUUUAAAGAUGAAAAUAAUGGAAAAACAGCACUGGAAGGGAAUGCCUCCCAUGUACAGGAAAAUGGCUUCACAUAUCAAGAGGACAAUUCUUUUAGCUCGCGGUACAAGAGAAUCCUCGAAAAGUUAAAGGACCAGGACCUGCAGCUUGACGAUGUGCACAGAGAAAAUGAGGAUCUGCAGAUAAAGUUGGAAGCGUCACGUGAAGCUGGGGCUGGAGCACUAAGAGACGCUACACGUAAGCUGUAUGAAAACUACGGCAAACAGUCUGAGCAGAUACGGAAGAGUCACGAAGAAGAGAAGCAGAAAUUGCAGAUUGCUGCAGUUGAACAUCAAGAUCAAUUUAUGAAAAGUGUUCAGAAACUGAAUGAGGUGGCUGAGAAGAUACAAGAAAAACAUGGACGAAUCCUUGAACUGGAAAAGUUGAUGGAAAGAAUGGAAGCCGAAAAAUCAGCAUUGAUGGAAAAGAAGAAAUCACUAGAGAAUGAACUGUUCAAACGAACAGGAGAUCCUUCCAACAAGAACGGUUGUGUGGCAAUGCAGACGAAAGUCUCCACAGUACAAGAGCAGAUUGACCACCUGCAGCAACUCAUGAUGUCACAGCACCAACAUCUCCGGGGUCUGAUCCAAGAGCGGGAGGAUUUAAAGAACCGUCUGAAGGAGCAGGACACCACCAUCGGGGAAUUAAAGGAAAGAGUAAAUUUUCUGGAAUGUCAGAACAAAGAGCUGAAGUAUAAAGUCGAUCACUGGUCCAGUCCCAGCAAGUUCAAAAUCUCCAAAGGAACAUCCGUAAAUGAAUCAAUGUUUGGCAACCACACCCCUUACUUCAUGCUGCUGAAACACAAGAAAUCUAUGGGGAGCAGCUGAUGGCGCCUUAAUACCAAUCACCCCUCAUCUGCCGGACUUACUACUUGCUAGAGUUUCUUUUCAACAUCUGAGUCACCAUCGCCGCUGUUCAGCUUGGCGGUUCCCUGUCCAUACACAGGGUGGCAUCUUGCAGCGGAACAUCUGCUUUAUUGUUUUCCGGAGCGAGGAGAGGAAGAGUGAGAAGUGCUCGCUAAGGAUUUGAUGUUAUCUGAGCAAUCAAUAACUCUGAAGUGCAAUCUCAUUUCUCUAUGUUGUUAAAGAGGAGCUCCAGGCAACUCAUAAAUUCAACCUCAGAACUGCUGAUGGUAUUCGAGAAGAGUUUACCAUCUUGUUUCCAGUGUGUGUGGGCAAGGUUUCAGAGGGCAGUAGCUGGAAACUGGGACAAGCUCAAUCAUGUGUAUUCUUAGUUCUGAACAUUGAGAAGUUAAGGAUAUGGACAAAUUCAGAGAUUUCAUUACUUAUAGCAGAACUUCAACCAAAAGUGGAAGAUCCGCUUGUUUGCAUCUUCCACCCUCCACUGCAACGUUUGGCACUUUUUAGGGGGGAAGUGAAUACCUGUCAAAACCAGCUGCCCACAGCAAUCUGACCAGAAGCUCAGCACCCCCAAGACACCCCCCCAAAAGGCCGCAGCCCCGCCUCCCAGACGUGGGGAACAGUACCUUUCAAAAACAGUUACGCGUUCCCCCCUGAAAGGUGCAAAAUGUGGAAGUUCUACUUUUGAGUGGAACUCCGCUUUAAGUGGAUGGUAAGGGAAGCAGUAAAAUUGUGAUUCAACUGGCUGUUGUUGCUGCCCCGGCACUCCACUCGUAUUAACAAGGCCUAACACCCAUAAGGGAGAGGGGGGAAGUCCUCAACCCUGUGUAAGCUCUGACACCGUCCAACAAAGAACUUACACAGGGUUUGACUCUUGAAUCGGAUGAAGGAAAGAAGUUGCGAGGUACUGUAGCUACAUGAGAAAGUUGCACUACGCAGGUCCGGGAAUUCUGAUUCACUUCAGAUGUAUGUAUUUUCAAUAAGCUUGUAUAUACUUAUUUAAUUUGUGAAAUAAAAGACUGCAUGAAUA